GUCUGCGCAUGUGCGGAGGCCGGCCGCGGCAGCCGGUACGCGGGCGGCUGGGGAGUGGGGAGCUGGGGAGUACUUCCAGUCUUACCAUCAGCUGGAUUUUCUUCAUAUUCCUCUGCUGCUUUUAAGCUGGGAUCAUUUUAUUUCUUGUCCCUGCACCUCAAAUGGGACAUGCAUGUUUAGGUGACUAACUACAGGAACAUCAAAAUGCCUAAUCUUGAACAUCCAGCGUACCCAGCAGCUACACUACUUCACUUAGAAAGUUUGGUGCCAUGUCGAGAAUCCCAAGUGUCCAUGUUGCUGUCAAUAUUUGGAGAGCGUCAGCAGUUUAGUUUUCCAUCCAUCUUUAUCUAUGGACAUACAUCUAGUGGUAAGACCUAUGUGACACAGACUCUUCUAAACACCUUACAGCUUCCUCAUGUGUUUGUGAACUGUGUGGAAUACUUUACUUCACGACUUCUUUUAGAAGAAAUUCUAAUCCAGUUGCAAAACUGUUCUUCUGAGACAGAACAGAUUUCUCAUGUGCCUUGUGAUAAUUUCAAUGACUUUGUACGUCUCUUUAAACAAGCUGUUGCGAGUCAAGAGCUUGAAGAUCAAACAUUAUACAUUGUACUGGAUAGAGCAGAGCAGCUGAGGGAAAUGGAAGCAAACAUCCUGCCAGCUUUUCUUAGGCUUCAAGAGUUGAGUGACAGAAAUGUGACAGUUGUUCUGCUCAGUGAAAUAGUAUGGGAACUGUUCCGUCCAAAUACUGGAUGCUUUGAGCCAUUCACCUUGUAUUUUCCUGAUUACAGCAUAGGACACCUGCAGAAGAUCUUGUCUCAGAAUCAUCCCCCAGAAUAUUCUGCGGAUUUCUAUGCUGCAUAUAUCAAUAUUCUGCUUGGUGUCUUCUACAUGGUCUGUAGGGACCUGAAGGAACUUCAGCAUCUGGCAGCGCUCAAUUUUUCUAAAUACUGUGAACCAGUGGUCAGUGGAGAAGCAAAUGAACGUGACACCCGCAAACUCUGGAAAAAUAUAGAACCUCAUUUGAAGAAGGCAAUGCAGACUGUUUAUCUCCGGGAAAUAUCCAGUUCACAGUGGGAGCGCUUACAGCGUGAGGAUGGAGAACCUGGGCAGUUGAAAGGACUUUCUGCACAUACGCAUGUGGAACUUCCUUACUACUCCAAAUUUCUUCUAAUAGCUGCUUAUCUUGCCUCCUACAAUCCUGUCAGAACAGAUAAGAGGUUCUUUCUUAAGCAUCAUGGGAAAAUUAGAAAGACCAACUUUAUGAAGAAACAUGAGAAGACCAGUAAUCACCUCCUUGGGCCAAAGCCAUUUCCCCUGGACAGAUUGUUAGCGAUAUUAUAUAGUAUUGUGGACAACAGAGUUGCUCCAACUGCAAAUAUAUUUUCCCAGAUCACGUCUCUUGUGACUCUCCAACUGUUAACCGUGGUUGGCCAUAACGACCAGCUUGAUGGACCACGAUAUAAAUGUACUGUAUCUCUGGACUUCAUCAGAGCUAUUGCCCGGACCGUGAACUUCGACAUAAUAAAGUACUUGUACGAUUUCUUGUGAAAACAAGCUUCACAGCCAUAUGGACACUGUGACAAUGACUAAGGCAAGCUGUGUUCAUCUCUCUACUUAGCUGGCCAGAAAGAAGAGUAUUUUGGCUCUUUUGGAUUUGUCCAAACAGGUGCUGGCCCAGCAUGGAACCUGAUGAAAAUACUCUGAUUGGUCUGGGUGGAUCUGAGCAGAGGACUAUUUACCAGGGACCCUGGAGUAUUUGGAAGCAAUGUGUUAAUUAUAAACAGCAGGGUUUGAGCACAAUCUGUUCUACUCUUAAUGAUGUUAUCUUAACACUGAAAUUGCCUGAAACCCAUUUACUUAGGACUGCAUUUUGCUCUAUGAACUCUCCCCAGUGCUUUGAACGUGGCAGCAGCCCUUGUUUGUAUGCCCAGUCUUUUCACUUCCUCUCCACAGGAAUCUUUGCAAUUGCCUGCCAAAGCAGCUUUUCCUGAGGCCACCAUUUUAGGGAGAGCAGAGUAGCAAAAUAUAACAAACAUAAGAACAUAUUUAAAAUCAAGCUGGUAUAAAUCCUUCUUUCUCUUCAGUCAUAUGUAGGCAGACUGUUAUACUGUUAUAUGGAGAUCACGAUGAUAGGAAACUCCCAGUUAAUCACCAUACUGUCUUUUUUCAGACCAUUCAUAAAUGUCGACUAUGAAUUUAUUUUUACAAAGCUUUAUUUUAAAAACUCAUUGAUUCUUAAAGUUCCAUCCCGAUGUCAAACUUGCAGGAUUUUAUUUUUGUUUAAACGUUUUACAGUCCUUUUACACUCAUCCAGUACAUAUAAAGCCGUUUGGAAUGAAUGUACUUUAAGCUGCACGCUGUGUAGUGGCUUUUGUAACAAGUGUCUGUCCUGUAGAGAAGGAUGGCACAGCUGCCUUUCCAUCAGAAAAGGAGAAAUUCAACAGGUAUCUCUGCUGUAUUCCUGCAGCAGAUCCCCAAAAGAAGCAGAAUAGUGGAUAAUGAAUGUGGUGUUAUAAAAGUUCAGUUUUGGAAAUACAUGAUGGAAUGAAUACACUGCAAUUGCAUUUGUCUCCGGUUUACAAGUAGAGGAUUCCCAACUGCCACUACUUUUAUGGGGUUUUACAAUCCCCUGGUCCAGUUUGUGAUUAUUGUCUUCAUGGAUCUGAAGACUUCUGUCACCCUCUUCAAAACUCCAGAUCCCACAGCCUGUUACUCAGAUAUUUUACUCCUGAAUGCUGGCCUUUGACUGUUUGACCAUGUCCUGUGUUGACUGUUAUGUUUUUUUCCAAGGAAAAAAUCAUCAUUCUUUCCCUCCCUUGUUCUGUUAUUGGAGAUGGUCAAAUACUCUGAAUCGGUGCAGCUUUUUCUCCUCCCUCCCUGCCCCCAAUUGUGAUUGUGUAGCCAGGCUCCUGGAUUCAGACCCAAAUGAAUGAGUUCCAGGUAAAUCUAAGCGACAAAAGCAUCUUUCUGGCCAAGCUGUCGCUUCCCUCCUCAGGAGAGUGUGAAAGGGCAGCAAUGAGUCAUCUCCGUGAUCCCUUUUCCUUCCUACCGCUGAGCUGAAUCAAACCCUGCACCUGUCCAUGAGGUGGCAACAUUUGUCACACUUGCUGAAGUGCUUGGAUGCAAAUACAUGACCUGUUUCACAAUGUUUACUACCUGCUUUUGUUUUUUCUAAUAAAAAUGUACAUAAGGUGAACUUGGUGCUAAACUUUACAGUGUCUUCCCCCUUUGGAGCUAGUGCUGGGCUGAGCUCAGCUUUUGUGAAUCUGCUCUAUGACUACCUAGGGCUGAAAUUUGGAGAAGAAAGGAGGUUUGAGGUGUUCAUACAUAAAGUAGUCCAUCAUAAGUUUUUGUGACAUCUGAUCUGGAUUAGAAUUUGAUAUAUGAAACAGGAUAGGACUGAUUUAUUAAGUGCUACAACUCUUGAGUCACAACACAUCCAAAACUCUGUAGCCAACCUUCUCUACAGCUUUCAGCAAGGUGGGGCAGGGCAAUACUGCUGGGGAGGGACGGUGCCAGCUUUUGAAUCGCCUGCUUCAUGGUAGUCGGGAUGGCUGAAAACUUUAGAACCAAGCAAGCAGUAGGAAGAAGCUCUUCUUUGGGAAUCUUUGCUACCAACAGCAAGUUGUGAAUAGUACCGUGCUUCCACUUAAACUUCAUGAAAAUAUCACAAAUACUCAAAAAUAGUUCGAGAUAGACACAUCAAGAGAAUACAAGGUUAGCAUAGAAGACAGCUUUACCAGUAGCCCCAUGAGUAUAUGGAUCACAAUAAAUUUGGUCAUAUUAGAGACAUUUUCAGGCAACAUAUAUAUCUGAUUUCCUAUGGGAAUAAAAUUAAUAGGAUUCUUACCAGUGGGCCUAGUACAUGGCCAUUUCAGGAACAUUUCUAAUGCUGCUUAUGAUGGGGGUUGAGUAGAGAUGAGAUGCAGAUUCAAAGGUUUCAAAUAGAAAAAGAAGAACCAAGCAUAAUGGUCUUUUGCUCUAGCAUAAUAGCAAAUUGGCCCAAGCUCAGGAUUGUAUGGUUAAAUUAAUUCCAGAAUCUUAGUUUUUCAACAGUAUGGAUCCAUAAACACACAUAGUUACUUGUAACAGUACUUAAUGAAAUGCACCGUAGUGCUUGUUUUAAUGUUAAAAUUCAAUUGGUUAUUAGAAAUGAGCUCAUAAAUAUGGAUAAUUUUUUUUUUCACAGUUGCCAUAGCUUUUCUAGAAAUAUCAAGACCAGAGCCAGUUCAAGACUUAAUUGCCUAUAGCUGCUAGACAGGCAGCUGUGGAUGGAAAUACAGAUGGAAUAUAGAUGGAAAGGGCUAUAUAUUUCAGAAGUGAUGUUUAGUAUAGGUCUUGGCAAUGUUUGGAUGAUGAACAAAAUCAGUCAUGUAAGUUCUAGAUUGGGUUGCAGCUGGAAAAAACAUCCCUUUUGCAUUGUGUCAAAUGUGCUCCCUUGGUUGUGCCCCUUUUCAGUAACCCCCAUCGCUCCCACAUAGCAGACCAGACCCUCAGAACUACCCAGCCCUAAAUUUGGAGCACAAAGCAUAGAAGACAUGAAAUAAAGAUGAUAGAAAAUAAGCACUGACACAACUUGGUGCUGCUGCUAUUUUUUUCAAUGCGAUUUCUUCUAUACUGGCCUGAUGAUCAUUUCCAGUGUAAAUCCAGAGGACAAGGAUACAAUUUUUUGUGGGAUGUAGUGAAUUUGAUUGAAAUGAAGUUAACUGGAGAAGGAGUAGUUACUGAGGAUCCGUUAGACAGAAUCACUGUCCUUACAUUGAAUGCACUUUUGCGACCUUUUGGAAGGACUCCUAUCAGUGAUAGAAAAUUUGAAGCUGAAUCAGCAGAGUAUGAGAAUGAACAAGGUGACUGAAGUGCGGAUGAUUGAUGUUGGCUAUAACUAUGUUGAUGAUGAAUAGUAGGAUUUAUUCUGACAAACUAGAAAUAUUUCUAUAUAUCCAUGUCAAUGAGUUUAUAAAUUACUGCUGAGUUUCUUACUAGCUACCCUAGCAAUACUCUGUUCUCAUCAUGGAUGAGAUCUGGCCUCGUUUAGCCUCCCUGGGGACAGGAUUUCACCCCUUCUACAGGUGGUUUUAAAAACCGUGCAAAAGAUGCAGAGCAAGGCAGUUGUUUGACUAAUCAGAAAUCCCUCAGUACUUUAGUGCAGCAGUGUGUAUUUAAAAAAUAACAGAUUUCUUCUUUCAUAAUUCCUGAGACACAAAGCAUUAUAAUACUGUAAAAAUGACAGACUUACAGUGCCUGUCUCCAGUGGCUGAUCCAGACAUCAACAGGAGCUGGGGCUUGUUCUUACAAUAAGAAAGUAAUGGAGAAAGAAAUGCAGCUAACAUACAGUUGGAAAGAAAUUAGUGCCCUUGAAUAGCUCUGACUUCGUCAACAGCUGCAUUUUCAUACAUACAGCAUGGACAUUUUCUUUUUUGGCAGUGAUUUACCUUACUCUGGUUCUCCCAGAACCUGCUACUUCUACCAUAAUAAUUCCCCGAGCUAUUGUGUCUGGCUUUGUGCGAGUUAAAAGAAGCGUAUUGGUUAUUUGAGUGCUUUCUAAGUUCUGGUGCUUCUGUACACCAUUAUUUACACAUGUGAGAAUAUAUCCAUUGUUACCAUUGGUUAAAUUUUUCCAGUACCCACCAAGUAAUUUUGCCACGACCGUUCAGGUGCUAUCUGCUCCCUUCGUAACUGGAAGAACCGUCCAUGCCAGGAGAAUAGCGUGAAAGACAGGAUUCCCAGCAGGAACGCAGGAGAUAUUACAUGUCUGUGACCUUGGAGCAAAACGUACACAGCUGAAUCUCCAAGGAUUAGAUAUUCCCUCUGCACUCGUGUUGGCAGAGAUGGCAGGGAAGAGUGAGAAACAGCAGGUUCUUGAGGGUUGCCUGGAGGUCGGCAUACUGUCUGGUUUAGCCCAGAUAAUUUUGAAACAGAAGAUUUACUCCAUCCAGGAAUAAAUGCUACCUGAAGUGACAGUAACCUCUCCAGUUUUCUCAACGACAGAACAGCAUAACUUACAAAAGAGCCUGAUCAUUGCUAGUAAAUAUGCAUUGGAAUAAAGAUACAACUUGAUUAGCAAGUCUAAUCGUAUACAAUACUAAAUUUUUUUGUGUUCGUAGAUGCCGGAAUGGCUUCACUAGAAUAUUGGAUGGGAGAUUAAUAGCAAAAACUGCAUGUUUUUUAUGUCAGCUUCUGUGUGACGUGUCUUUUACUGUGAACAGGCAGAUGUGUAUAAACUGUACAAUACUCAGAGAUAAACAUGGAGUAAGUUAAGUUUUACUUUUUGAUUCUUUAUUUUUGUGUGUGUUUAUUGAAACUAUUUAAAAAAAACAACCUGAAACCAAUACAGAAAUAGUUUGUGUAUGCCAGCAGAGUUGAAAUCACAGGUAUACAACCGUUAUCAUGAAGAUUGCCUGAAAACUAUACAUGGGGAUGUCUUUAAAAAGCAACACCUUAAUAGCAGUGUCUGUACCAGAACAGAAAGUUGAAAAACACCAUACUUGCUUGUUAUUUGACAUUGGCCACAUAUUUCUACAUGGCUGAUAUAUUGAAUAUAUUAGAUAACCAUGGAUUUGUAUAUACAAUACUGUAUAUAG